AUGGCGUCCGUUCAAUCUCCAUUCUUCUAUACGGAAGUCCCUGGUCAGUCCGACGAGUACGUCGACUUUGACCAGUUCCUCGACUUCACCUCGGUCGGUGGCGAUGUCUCUUCCGCCUCCGCCAACUCCGUCUCGCCCGAAAUGGGGCUUCCCUACGAUGCUGACAUGUUCGGCAAUGACCUCCCUGACUUCACCCACCCCACUUUCCCGGACAUGCUCAACUAUGAGAUGUCCCAGGAUGCAUUCCUGGAUCAGUCCCCCGACAUGGGGUUGAUGCAGGACCCGGCGCCAGUGUUUGACGAUGCUGCGUUCCACGGCUACCAACCUUACGACUUCAGGCAAUUGGUUGAGGCCCAAGCCGCCGCUGACCCGCGCAUUACCUCCACCAAGGAGAAGCGGCGCGAGGCUUCAAUCGCUCUGCACCUCCAGCGUUUGUGUGAUGCUACCGCCCUCGACUUGGAAAUGUCCUCCGACUCCAACACCAGCUUCUCCUCCCCAAGCUGGUCCGAUUGCAUGCGCGAGAGCAUCUCUCCCAAGCCGACAAGCACCAGCCCCGAGAGUACUCCAGUCUCUUCCCAAGAGAGUGGGGGCAUGGAAAUGGUCCUUGACCUGAACAUGAACGCCGCCGCCAACCUGCCCAAGAAGCAGAAGCCUCGUUCCCAGGCUCAGAAGGAGAACUACAUCAAGGCCCGCAAGUACGGCGCUUGCGAGAAGCACAAGAAGCAGCACAAGAGGUGCAACUGCCUGGAGAAGGCCGCCGCCCGCGCGGGCGUCAACGAUGUCCCGAUGGACGUUUCUUACAGGGAACGCCCGAGACCACAGAAUGUCCCGAUGCCAGUCCUCCCAGACACGCGACCGUACAGUCUACCGGGCCACGAGCCAACGCUGGUUUCACCUACACUACGCCCUACUGCCAAGGUGAUCAAGAAACUCACAAGCACCAACUCGCCGCGCUACGAUUCAUCGCUUUGUACGACGGCACUGCAACAAUCCGUCAAGACGAAGAGCAGCGUCGACAGUGUUGCGGGUCACGAUCCACGAAACAGCCUGACCGUUGUGCAGUCUUCCGUCAAGGUUGGACAGCACGUCCAAAGCUCACCGAGCCGCGUUCCACGAAAGAACACCAUCGUCGUUCUAUCACCAAUUCGGGAUGGAAAGCACGUUCGCAGCCCACCGGGCCAUGUACUGACAUCCCAGUCUCCAACUAUGCGCCCGUCCGUCAAGACGAUUCAGAGCUUUGUUGGCCAGCAAGUGUCCUGGUUCUCUGCGCUUGGAUCUACCCCAACAAGCAACUCUGUGCGUUCCUCGGAAAGCAAACUCACCAGCCAAGCUAUGCCGCGGACAAACCGGUCCGACACGGGCACAGUACGUGCGCCAAACCUGGAAGUUCGGCGCGCGGGACAGACUGCGGUAUCGCGGCAUAUCAAGGACGAGUCGACAUCACCGGCAGCCAACCCAAUCCAGACCCAAUCUCCCAGGAGGGUCCAGAGCCGUGGAGUCCUGGCCAUGUCAGGACUCACUCAACGCCCAGCCGUUCUCGAAAGUUCGAUGCAGCCGUUGGCGAUUCUCACGACUGGACUGCAAUCCGCGGCCUCGGGUCUGUUUGGUCAAAGUGCCUCAAUGGUUCGUCGUUGUGCCGCACAAAUUGGAGAAUUAUUCGCGACGAAUGUUCUCGCAUUUGCUGGCACUUGGCGAUCUUCCCUGCUCUUUACCACCUGGUUGGAGGACGUGGCCUAUAAGGGUCUUUCUAUUGGUGGCAGGAGUUUGAUGUCUGCUAAGAAGGGUCUCCAGCUGCAUAGUAUGCGUACCUUUUGGUCUGCAUAA